AUGGCAGCUUCUGGAAUCAACCCAAAGCAGGUGAACGACCUUCAUUCAUUUUCAGACUAUGUCCAGCCAUUGAUGGAGUUCAUGGAGUACUCUGUCCCCAGCUCCAUUUCCAUAAAACAAGAAGAAAAGGUCAUCCUUGUGGGUCACAGCUUGGGAGGGGUUCCAGAGGUGACAGCAUAUAUACUUACGGCCAAGGGGACGUCUACAAAUUUCAUGUUUGGUCCCCGCUACAUAUCGUCAAAUCUGUAUGAUCUCAGUUCACCUGAGGAUCUGGAUCUAGCAAGUAUGUUGGCGAGACCGAUACGCAUUUUCAGUGCGGAUGACAUGUCAAAGCAAAUGACAAUGUCCAAGCAGAAAUAUGGAUCAGUCAAGCGAGUUUAUAUCAUAGCCGAACUAGAUAAAGGUAUACCAAAGGAUGUUCAACGUUGGGUAAUCGAGAAGGAUUCAGUGGAUGAUGUAAAGGAAAUCGGUGGUUCUGAUCACAUGGUUAUGAUGUCAAGGCCUCACGAGCUUUUUGCUUGCCUUCAGGAGAUUGCUGGAGAAGCCUGA